AUUGGAUUUUUUGGAUGACAUACCAGAAUUCAAAUACUACUAUUAAUUGCAAUAAUAAAUAUUGCUUUAGACAGAUGUAGUAGAUGCAGUUAGCAUAAUAGUUAAAUCAAUAAUUUUAAACUUUUUUGUUUAUAAGUAUCUCGUAUCCAAGAAAAAAGAAAUAUGAAAAUUGCUGUGUCGUCUCCUGGGAAAACAAUUUUACAUGGGGAACAUGCUGUGGUUUAUGGAAAGGCAGCUGUUGCUGUUAGUCUUAGUUUAAAGACAACAUUAACUUUAACUUCUAGUGAAAAUAAAGUAACACUCAAUUUAAAAGAUCUAGGAUUGAAGAAAGAAUGGGAUCUCGGCAUUGUAAGCGACUAUUCAUUUCCUGAUUCAGAUGGGGAUAUUACACAUUCAAAUGAUGAAAUCAUUGAAAAAAUAACCGAAUUGUUUUGUUUAAAUGAUUCUAAAUCAGAAUCAGAAAAACUUGCCUUUGUAGCAUUUUUAUACCUUUGGAUUUAUAUUUCUAAAUGCUAUAAUAAUGGGUCAUUAAUAUCUUGUGAUGUUGAUGUGGAAUCUGAACUCAGCAUUGGCUCUGGAAUGGGAUCCUCUGCAUCAUAUUCUGUAUGUGUUUCAACUGCAAUGUUAGUAUUCUGUGGGAGAAUUACACCUGGAUUGCUCUCUGAAGAUAAAGAACUCAUUAAUAAAUGGGCUUUUCAAGCUGAGAAGAUAUUCCAUGGGAAACCUUCAGGCAUUGAUAAUUCUAUUUGUACAUUUGGAGGUGCACUUUUGUUUGAAGACGGAAAAGUGAUUGAUAUGUUAUCAAACUUGCCUAGCAUUGGUAUCUUAUUAGUCAACACGAAAAUUUCACGAAAUACUAAGCUGCUGGUUUCAAAUGUAAAACAGAAAUAUAAUGAUCACCCUGGUGUGAUUGAUGCUAUAAUGCAAGCUAUUCAUGCUGUGUCCAAAGAGAAUUGGCAGUUGUUAAAAGAGUUACAUGACUCACCAAGUGAAUUUCAGAAGAACUUGGGCACUUUUCAGGAUUUAAUUGAUAUGAAUCACCAUUUGCUGGGUGCAUUGGAUAUUAGUCAUGAAAGAUUAGAUAAAAUUCAUGAGCUUGCUAAGAAAUAUCAUUGUUCAUCAAAAUUGACUGGAGCUGGAGGAGGCGGAUCUGCCAUUAUUCUUUUGCACACAAAAGAUGGGGCAUCUUCUUUUUCAAAUUUGAAGGAAGAAUUAUUACAGCUAGAUUUUGAUGUGCAUGAAGUUUUCAUGGGUUGCUCAGGUGUACAAAUAGAUUUCCAAAGAUAAUAAGUUACUUCACUGAUUUUUAUUGUGAAAUGACUGUAAUACUAUAUAGUACUUCAUCUACUUUUGUACCAUCUUGUAGGUAUAUAUGUAUUAUUUUUAUUAAAAAUAUCUGUACUUAUUUCCAUAUAUUAUGGAAAUUUUUAUAAAUUUAAAAGGAAGUUGAAAUCUAGACAUAUAAACAGAAACAACG